AUGGCCGAGCCACCCAUCGAGUCGCCCGUGCCAGCGCGAACAUCAGCGUUUCCAGCCGCGGAGUCACCCGUACCAGCACGGACGUCAGCCUUUCCAGCGGCCGACUCGCCCGAGCCUUUUGAGUUUGAGGCGCCGUCGCCGCCCAAGCAAAUGGGCACGGCGACGGCCAAGCUGAGCGAUGCGGAGCGGCUCUCGCUCCUUACACAGUUGCUGGAUCGGCUCGAGACCAGUGCCCGAAGCGGCGAGACCCACUUUACGUCAAGUCCCGAUGCGAUUGGCCUCCAGUCCAAGCUCGAUCUCGUCAAAAUGGCGACGACCGGGCGCAAGAUUAGCAUUUUUGGGGCCGACGUGUGUUAUGCGCUCCUCCUCGAAGCACUCCAGGAUGUUGGUCCAUAUCUCUUUACCGAAGACCUUAUGGUGGGCAAAAUGACGCUUCAACGACUCACCAAGGCGUACCAGCCCAACCGCAACAAGGAAAAAGACUAUUGGCGGCUCUUCAACGCGGUCUUGAGCCUCCUCGUGACAGAGCGCGUACUCCCACCGCUCGACGCUGCUCAAAUCUUCUCGACAGCGUUCAUGACGCAGCUACCCAAGGACGACCGGACAGCCCGCAAGUUGCGGGAACUGCUACUCUCCCUUUGUCCCGAGCCACAUGCAAAGCCAACUGAGGCGAAGACCGAUACAAAGGCGAACGAAGCGCUUUCUACCGAGCCUUCGACGGACGCCUUCAAGUCGACGCCGACCGCAGCACCUGUCGUAGAAGCCCCAGCGGUGCUCGGCCUCGCCUUCAUGCGACAAAGCUCACAGACCUCGUCGGGCCGAGACCCCGUCUUUGGCCGCGCCAAGGCGUCCCCCAUCAAAGGCGCAAGUCUCGGCCAGCGGGUGCUUCGAGGCGCCAGCUUGCGCGACUACUCGGAUUUUGAAGUGGAUGACGAUGACAUUGAGAUUGCAUCGAUGGCACCCUCGUUGGCCAGUCGAUCGACAGCUCCCAAGUCUGUCUUUAGCAAGCAGCCGUCCGCAAGGCUCUCUGUCUCGAAACCUGCCGCGGCGCAAGACGACGAUUUUGAUGAAAAUUUCUAA